AUCUUUUUUUUUUCCCCCCCUUGAAAAUCUCCAGCACAGCGAGUGGGGCUGUGCACUGUGUGUCAAGGGACCCUCAGCUCUCCAAUUCUGUGGCAUGAAGGCAUUAAUGCAUGGAAAGACUCUGACCCUCUGGAGUUUGUUUCUAAAUAGGGCACAGCUCAGAACAUCUGAAGGUCUCUGGGGCUCAUAGGAGGGAAUCUCCUAAUGAUCUUAGUUACUUUUAUACCUGCCUGAGACCAGAGUGCUCUAGUGCAGAGCAGCAACUCUGGGAUCACCCAGUGUGCACAAGGAACUGGGGCAGAGAGAACUCAGGAGAGAAGAGCAGGGGAAGAAGAAAAUAAAACACCGGAAAAGGAGGUCAAGUAACCACAGUAUUAACAUCAAAUAAAGGCACAAGACAGCCAGAAGAAAAAGAGCAAGGAAACAGCAACUAAAGGAUAUUACAAGCAAAAGGAAUUUGAGAAGGUUUUCCCUCUUUACCUUCUGGGUUUUGUGUUUUUUUUAACCUGCAAAAAUGGGACAGCAGUUUGCCAACGCUGAAGGGGAGCAAGGAGAGAUCGACGUGGCAGAAUUGCAGGAGUGGUACAAGAAGUUUGUGGUUGAGUGCCCCAGUGGGACCCUCUUCAUGCACGAGUUCAAGAGGUUCUUCGGGGUCCAGAAUAACCAGGAGGCAGCUGAGUACGUUGAAAACAUGUUCAGAGCUUUUGACAAGAACGGGGAUAACACCAUUGAUUUCCUGGAAUAUGUCGCUGCCUUGAAUCUUGUUUUACGAGGAAAACUGGAACACAAGCUGAGGUGGACGUUCAAAGUGUAUGACAAGGAUGGGAAUGGCUGCAUAGAUAAACCUGAGCUGCUGGAAAUCGUUGAGUCCAUCUACAAGCUGAAGAGGGCGUGUUGGUCGAACAUUGAGGACAGGACCCCAUUGCUCACCCCAGAGGAGGUUGUGGACAGGAUAUUUGAGUUAGUGGAUGAGAAUGGGGAUGGGCAGUUGUCUCUUGAGGAGUUCAUUGAUGGAGCCAGGAAAGACAAGUGGGUGAUGAAGAUGUUGCAAAUGGAUGUGAACCCCGGGGGAUGGAUCAGUGAGCAGAGGAGGAAGAGUGCUUCCCUUUGAGAAAAUUCAGCUUUGAUUCAGCUGAAAGAGUGAUGCUGACUCCAAGUGUGACUCCUCCUCUAGGGUGGUAGGGACUUUCCCUUGUAAUCCAAUCUCAGCAUCCAGAUGAUGAAAACUUGGGAUGGUUUAAGAAGCCGUAUCUCGACCUAAAACCCACGUGCUGCUGGUACCCAGAGACUAUUUUUGGCCCAUGAAUAAGUCUUCCUGUGUACACAGUACUGUGUUUACCAGCUCUGGUUUUUGGUUACACCCCAAGGAACAAACUUUUUUUUGGUAUUUCUUUUGUGGCUUCCUGCAGCAGAUCCUGAGCAGGGGUUUUUUUUCAGUCUGGUGACAGACGGGAUCGGGAGGUAAGAAAUCCAGGCAGCGGUCCUGGUGUUUGCAUCACUCAGAGAUACAGCACAACAAACCACCUGUGGCACCAGCAGAGGGGUUCUGGCAGGUGUGAGAUGUCCAGGAUGUCUGGGUGGGUAUUUUGUAGCCUAAAAUGUCAAAUUACUGAAGACCAACAGAUUACUGCUGUCAAAAAUGGGAGUUGGGCUAGAGCAGUAGCCAAGCCAACACACAGAGCUGAGGAAAACAGUGCAUGGGCUGGAGAGGGAGAGCAGUAACUCCUUCCCCUCCCUCCUGUGGACCAGGGUGUGCUCCUUCUGCCUGCUCAGAGGGUCUCUGAGGGGCUGGAUAAAUGCUGUUCCAAACACUGAGCAGCACAGGAAUUGUUCCUCUUCAGGGCCCCAUUUAGAGGACAGAAGGGCACAGAGGUGACUGGGCUCCCUUUGAGCCCUUGGUUCUUAGGGAAUCAUCCCUCUGGAACAGCCCCUGUUCCAUGGAGGGGUGGGUGAGCUCCAGGAGCUCCAGGGCUUUCACUGCACUGGGGAAAGUUUUCUGUGGGAGCAGAGAUAAAGAAGGAGCAGAGUUUUGCUUGGCAGCGUCUCUGCAAUGAGAGGAUUUGUGCUGCUUUAUUGGCAGGACCACCUAAUCACGAAUCACA